GUUUGAGUAGCUGUUCUGUUCCUGAUUGUAAAAAUAAUAAUCGCCAUUAUCGUCUUCUUCCUUGGUCCUUCAUUCCUUUCUUCCUCCGACGACAGGACCCCCAUUCAUAUAAAUAAAUACCCUUUCCUCCUGAACCUCGAAAUCUCUCAACAGAAUCAAAAUCAAAAUCAACAUUCAAAUUCAAAUUCAAAUUCAAAAUUAGGUUUGAUCGACCUAAAAAUGGACGGCGGCGGCCGUCCGGCGAGCGCCGGCGAGAGCCCUUCCAUAAUGGAAUCAAGCGGCAUAAAGAAACGUAUCAGAAUUCAGGACAACUCCCCGGCGCCGAAGCUGGGCCGGCUCGAAUCCGGCGCCACCAGGGGGCUUAUGAGCCUCCGGUUUCUUGACAGGACGAGGACCGGCAAGGAGGAGGACGCCUGGAAAGCCAUCGAGAAACGUUUCUACGAGAAUGCCGUCGACGGCCAGAGACUCUGCAAGGACAACUUCGGAAUCUGCAUAGGAAUGCGCGACAGCAGCGACUUCGCCGGCGAGCUGUUCGAGACCCUGGCGCGGCGGAGGAACAUCGAUACAGAGAACGGGAUAAGUCUCGAAGAAUUGAGGCGAUUCUGGGAAGACAUGACGAACCAGGACUUGGACACAAGGCUUCAAAUAUUCUUCGACAUGUGCGACAAAAAUGGCGACGGGCAGCUAUCCGAGGACGAAGUUAAAGAGGUUCUAGUGAUGAGUGCUGCAGCUAACAAUUUAGCCAAGUUUAAGGAAGAAGCAUCGACCUACGCUUCUUUGAUCAUGGAGAAGUUCGAUCCCGACAACAGAGGAUAUAUCGAGAUGUGGCAGCUUGAGGAGCUCCUAAGAGGCCCUGUCGCAUCCGAUCCCGCCACCGAUCAAUCAAAGAAAACCAAAACUCUUGCAAGAACCAUGAUCCCCAAAGAGUACCGGACACCGGUCAGCAAAUUCUUGUCGAGAAACAUCGAAAGACUCCACGAGAAUUGGAAGCGAAUAUGGGUGCUAACGUUGUGGCUCGCGAUAAACAUGUUUCUUUUCGGAUGGAAAUUUUAUCAGUACAAGCACCGCGCUGCUUUCCAAGUCAUGGGAUACUGUCUAUGCGUCGCAAAGGCUGCAGCCGAGACCGUAAAGUUCAAUAUGGCGCUUAUACUCCUGCCGGUGUGCCGUAAGACUCUUACCAAGUUAAGGGAGACAUGGCUCGGCAGCAUUGUCCCAUUCGACGACAACAUUAAUUUCCACAAAAUGAUCGCCGCCGGUAUUCUGUUGGGGAGCACGAUCCAUAUAGUGAUGCACGUCUCCUGCGACUUUCCGAGGCUAACUUCUUGUCCCAAGAGCCAGUUCGACGCGAUUUUAGGCUCUGCCUUCGACUACCACCAGCCAUCGUAUUGGGAUUUAGUGAAGUCGACCCCCGGCGUGACGGGGAUCGCGAUGACAAUUCUGAUGCUGAUUACGUUCACCCUCGCCACGCAUUGGUUCCGGAGGAAUGUGAUCAAGUUGCCGUGGCCUUUUAGCCGCCUCGCUGGGUUCAACGCCUUUUGGUACACGCAUCAUUUGCUCGCCAUUGUUUACGUUCUCUUGAUCAUCCAUGGAUACAUCAUUUUCCUCACCAAUGAAUGGUACAAGAAGACGACGUGGAUGUAUGUUGCAUUCCCGAUGCUUCUCUACACGGGCGAGCGAAUAAUCACUAUGUAUGAGCACAGCUACGAAGUCGACAUCAUUAGGGCGGUGUUGUACGAGGGAAAUGUGCUCGCCAUGUACAUGACGAAGCCCGACGGAUUCAGAUACAAGAGUGGGAUGUAUAUAUUCAUAAGGUGUCCCGAUGUUUCGAGCUUUGAGUGGCAUCCAUUUUCGAUAACUUCUGCACCAGACGACGACUAUCUAAGCGUCCACAUUCGCGCGCUGGGAGACUGGACAACCGAGCUAAGAGAGCGCUUCGCAAAGGUUUGUGAGCCCAAGUCUAGACGAGGAAAGUCGAGCUUGAUGCGAAUGGAAACAAAGGCCUAUUCAGAUUCUACGGGGGACGAAUUUCCGAGGAUAAUAAUAAAGGGACCGUAUGGUGCACCGGCUCAGAACUACAAGAAAUACGACAUACUUGUGCUGAUCGGGUUGGGGAUCGGAGCGACGCCCAUGAUCAGCAUUAUCAAAGAUAUUGUGAACAAUGAGUCGAAAUGGGCAGCAUUAGAGGAGGUAACUGGGGAGAGGAAGUGUCCAGAAAGAGCAUACUUUUAUUGGGUGACGAGGGAACAAGGAUCCUUCGACUGGUUUAAGGGCGUUCUCGAGGACAUUGCCGAAUACGACGCUAAUCACGUGAUCGAACUGCACAGCUACCUGACGAGCGUGUACGAGGAAGGGGAUGCUCGAUCGGCUCUCAUCGCCAUGGUGCAGUCGCUGCAACACGCCAAGAAUGGACUCGACGUCGUCUCUGAAACCAGAAUAAGGACGCAUUUCGCCAGGCCCAACUGGAGAAAAGUUUUCGGACAGUUAGCGAACACCCACCCAGCCACUCGAAUCGGCGUCUUCUAUUGUGGAAGUCCCACGCUAACAAAAACGCUACGAAAGCUUUGCCAGGAGUACACCAUGAAUUCGUCCACAAGAUUCCAGUUUCAUAAAGAGAACUUCUGAUCAAUUAUAUAUUCCAUCCUGCAUGCCUCUAUAUAUGUAUGUAUGUGUAUGUAUGUAUGUAUGUAUGUGUGUAUGUAUAUCCUUUAAUCUUGCCAAUGGAUUCCAGUACGCUGAAUGUGCGUCUUCAGUUUCAGUCUUUGGUUGUUUCUCUCCCCAGUUCCAUUUUAAUACACGACAUAAAAUAAAUGAGAGUGCU